AUGACCACCGAGAAGCAAGAAGAGACGGCGAAUGGGUCUAAAGAAGAGCCAGUCGAGUCGAAGGAAUUGGAGCUGGCUGUUGAUCAUUCUCAAGGGAAGGGGGACAGGAACACUAAUGGCGAGGCAGAACAUCCUGACAAUAAACAUCCAUCAGACAAGGCCAAACCUGAUGGAUACGUUGAAGGCAGUACAACAGAACAGGACAAACCAAAUGGACAAGGCGUCGUGGACGAAUCCACUGAUGGUGAGAAGCCGACACAAAUUGAUAACGAUUCAAAUGCAAACAAUUUUGAACACACAAUUACACAAUCGACGCCAGUAGAUACACCCGUGAGUAGUCCGGCGGUUCCUCAAUCUCCUGCAAGCUCAAACCAUAGACGACAAAUCUCAGUUUUGUCAAUUGCUUCCAGUGCAACUGUGGACAACUCGCAGAUCUUCAAAAAGAGCUUUGAUUCAAUUUUGGCGUCAAAGGAAGCUAAAAAGAACGAGCAAUUGAAAGCUUCGGUUCAGCGUGCACUUGAUUCGCUAAGCACCGCGGAAGAAAAAGAACCGUAUCUUAUAUUCAAUGCACUAAAGGCUUGCUGUGAUACCAGUAGCAUUGAGUUGAAAUCAAAAGCGGUUGAUUUGUUUGCAAAGUUAUUUGAUUACGCCCAGUUUGAUGAUGCUGCAGAGAAAAAGAAGCUUACUGAUGAGUCGGUUAGUGUAAUAUCGUCUUGUUUUGAAGGUGAAGGAACGGACCCGGAGUUGGAAUUGCAGGUAGUUCGUGCAUUGAUGCACUCAAUACUUUUGAUGCCUUGUCAUGGAGCCUCCUUGUUGCAAGCUGUGAGACAAAUUUAUAAUGUAUUUAUUUUUUCUUUGACGGCUAGGAAUCAAGCUGUUGCUCAAGGAAUCUUGACUCAAGUGAUUGGAGCAAUUUUUACUAGAGUUGAGGAGUCGAGAAAAUCCCGAAGUCAAAGUGCAAAUACUUCAAAGUUGAAUUUCGAGUCAACUGAAAAUGUGAGUCUUCCAGAGGAUAAAGAAGAGGAGAGAUUGACGCUAUCACAAUUAGAGCGGAUCAAUGACUCCUUAAACGACAAUGACAGAGUUAAUGAAGCUAGUAGCGCUACAGAGGAUGAUCAGGAUUUGGAAGUAAAAGAUGCAUUUUUGGUAUUCAGAGCCAUGUGCAAGCUUUCUAUAAAGACAUUGGACUCCACAACGGUUGAUAUGAAGUCGCAUUCAGUGAGAUCUAAACUUUUGUCGUUGCACAUAAUCCACACAAUUCUUAAAGAGCAUAUCGAAAUCUUUUUGAGUCACGACGUGGUUAUUUUAUCGCCAAAUGCAAAUGAGAAAGUUCGCUUAAUAAAUGCCGUGAGACAAUAUAUCAAUUUAGCAUUAUCCAAGAACGCCGCAUCCGAUUUAGCUCCGGUAUUUGAAUUAUCUUUGGAGAUCUUUUGGAUCAUAAUCUCGAAUUUGCGAUCCGAAUUCAAAAGGGAGAUUCCUGUCUUUUGGGAUGAAAUUUACUUUCCAGUGGCUGAAAUGAAAACAUCAAGUGCGCACCAGAAACGUUAUUUGUUGGCAAUAAUCGAGAGGAUUUGCAACGACUCGAGGUGUAUCAUUGAAUUUUAUUUAAACUACGAUUGUGAUAGUAAUAUGCCCAACAUGUGCGAGAGAAUCAUUGAUUAUUUGACCAAACUUUCCUUGCAACGCGUAGAGGUUACACCUCAACAAAAGUACGCCUUUAGAGAAAAUAGAAGGAGUGGUAUUGCAGUUUAUGACGUUGGCAAAGUGGCAAAUCUAACCAGUAGUACAAUGUCAUCCAAGCCACCAGAGCCAACUGUUUAUUCGUUGUUUCCUUUGGAGUAUGCCUUGAAAAUGACAUCAAUAAGUUGUUCCGUUGCCUUCUUGCGCUCCUUACACUCAUGGGCACAAAAGGGUAUGCUGAAUCCCAAUAAGUUGAAAAUCAUGGAACAAGGUAGUGAGUCGUAUUUGUCGUUGAAUCGCAACCGUUCUGACUCAAAUAAUACGUCACUGAACGUUACAAGAAAUGCCUCUUUUGUCAAUGGUGAUGAUUUGAAUAAGACAGAAACCGACAAGAUUGAACAGUUUGAAAAUCAAAAGCAACGGAAAAAGGCAUUACUUGAAGGAAUAAAACAAUUCAAUCAAAGGGCCAAAAAGGGGAUUAGGUAUUUCUUGGACAAGGGUUUCAUCAAGUCAGACACCCCUGAGGACAUUGCAAGCUUUCUUUUAGAAACUGAUGGUCUUGACAAGGCUACUAUUGGUGAGUACCUUGGUGAAGGUGAUGAUAAAAACAUUGCCAUCAUGCACGCAUUUGUAGACCAAAUGGAUUUCGAAAAUGCAGAGUUUGUUGACUCAAUGAGGCGAUUUUUGCAAUCCUUUAGAUUACCAGGAGAAGCACAAAAGAUUGAUCGAUUUUUGUUAAAGUUUGCCGAACGAUUUGUCAAGGGAAAUCCACGCAUGUUUGCAAAUGCAGACACAGCAUACAUUUUAGGAUACUCGGUAAUCAUGCUAAACACUGACCUUCAUUCGCCACAAGUGAAGAAUAGAAUGACUCUUGAAAAUUUUGUCAUGAACAACUCAGGUAUUGAUGAUGGAAAGGAUUUGCCUAAGGAGUUGCUACAGAAGAUCUAUGACGAAAUUUUGAACAAUGAGAUCAAGUUACAAUCAGAACAACACGCAGCACUUAUCGCAGGUGAUUUACAAAUUGCUCCUUCCUCUCAGUCUAUUGGAUUUUUUGGAGGGCGUGAUCUAGCACGUGAAGCUUACAUGUUUGCGUCAAAGGAGAUGUCAACCAAGACCGAGAAAUUGAUGAAGAAUUUAGGAAAGAAAGCGAAAGUUGAUGACCUGGAUGUCAUGUUCUACGCGGCCACUAGUGUGUUGCAUGUGAAGUCCAUCUUUGAUACGUUGUGGAUGUCCAUUUUAGCUGGAUUAACACCUCCUUUCAAAGAAUAUGACGACGAUGUGGUGACAAGGGCUUGUUUAGAGGGAAUCAAGUUGUCAAUACGAAUUGCUUGCAUGUUUGAUUUGGAUUACGCACGAGCCUCAUUCAUUGGUGCGUUGGUACAGUUUCAAAACUUGAGCAACUUUGAAGAAAUGAAGCCAAAGAAUGUGGAUGCCAUUUAUAUAAUGUUGGACUUGGCAGUUACCGAGGGUGACCAUUUAGGUUCGGCAUGGAAUCAGAUAUUGACAUCAAUCUCACAAGUUGAGCGAUUACAGUUGAUUGCGCAAGGAGUGGAUAAAGAUUCAAUACCCGAUGUAACAACUUCGAAGCUUAUCACUCGAGGAUCAACCGACAGUACGAGAACAAGCACGAGCACUGGAUUCUUUAGCUCUUUCACUUCACAAACGCCUGCUCAAUCAGCCGCAAACAAGUUUCAUAACCAGCAUCUUUCUCCCGAAGUUGCAAGAUUAUUGGUGAAGACAGAUUUAGAAGUGGCUAUUGACAAAGUCUUUACCAAUAGUGCCAAAUUAAAUGGAGGCAGCAUCGUUGACUUUGUGAAAGCUUUGUCAGAGGUUGCUAGGGGAGAGAUUGAUUCAUCGGGACAAAGCUCCAACCCGCGAACAUUUUCACUACAGAAAUUUGUCGACAUUUGUUAUUACAACAUGAAUAGAAUUCGGUUGGAGUGGUCGCAACUUUGGGCUACAAUGGGCGAAACUUUCAAUGCGUUGGGAUGCCAUUCGAACCCAUCGAUUCUGUUUUUUGCAUUGGAUUCAUUAAGACAACUUUCAAUGCGAUUUUUCGAAAUUGAAGAGUUGGCAAAUUUCAAGUUCCAAAAACAGUUUCUCAAACCUUUUGAGUAUGUGAUUAUACAUAAUCGAUCAUUGGAAGUGAAGGACAUGGUGCUUGAGUGUAUCAAUAAUAUGAUACUAGCCAGAGCAUCUCAAAUUAAAUCAGGAUGGAAAACCAUUUUCAAUGUUCUUACAGCUGCUGCAAAGGAAAACAAGGAGACUUUGGUGAUGAAGAGUUACAAAAUGGCUAUUUGGAUCAAUAAGGAGUACGUUGAGGAAGUAAAGAGGCAGGACUCGUUUUCCGAUUUGGUUAUUUGUUUCACCACGUUGACCAAGAAUGAAAGAUAUCAGCGGGUAAGUUUGUUGUCAUUGGAUGUCUUGUCCAGAUUGAUUCAUGAGAUUGCUCAAUACAGUUUGUUUGAUAAGGAAAAUGACAAUGCUGAACAUCCCGAUCGGAGUGAGUCGUUGAAAAAGCUUUGGUUCCCCAUUUUGUUUGGCUUUUACGAUGUCAUCAUGACUGGCGAAGAGUUGGAAGUGCGAUCAAGAGCGUUGAAAAGCUUGUUUGACUUGAUUAUGGAAUAUGGAAAGUAUUUUGAUCAAAGUUUUUGGGAUUUAAUCAGUCGCGAGUUGUUAUUCCCAAUGUUUCAAGUUUUGGGAACCCAUUGGGAAUUGAGUUUGGAUGAAUUGAAUGACAAAUUGUCAGUGUGGCUAUCUACAACGCUCAUUCAAGCUUUGAAGAGCAUGAUUAAUUUGUUUACACAUUAUUUCACGGAAUUGAGUCACAUGUUGAGUGAUUAUUUGAAGUUGAUAAUAUCUUGUAUCUGCCAGGAAAAUGAUACUAUUGCAAGAAUAGGGCGCGAGUGCCUCACCACUUUGUUGAUUGACAACUCGGCCAAAUUUAGCAUUUCACAAUGGGAUGAAAUUUCCGAAGCAUUUGCUAGCUUGUUUGAGCUCACCACUGCUAAAGAGCUUUUCACCUUGGAUCCGUUAUAUGAAGGACGAGAGGAUGGUCUAUCUAUUACUGGAAAUGGAGAGGACGAUUCUCAAUUGAAGAAAGAGCUACUUGAUGAUAAUGAGGUUAGAUUGAAAAAGUCUCGAGAAAAAUCGUCGAUUGUUGUGAAAAGUGUUUUGCAGUUGCUUUUGAUCCAAACUUUGUCUGAGCUAUUUGAAAAUGAUUUAUUUUACGACAACAUCCCAUUUGAACAAUUGAUGAAGUUGGCUGACUAUUUGAAUGGCUCUUAUCUGUUUGCCAAAUCCUUCAAUGACGAUUAUGAUUUGAGGGUUAGAUUAUGGAAUGCGGGUGUAAUUGAGCGCUUGCCGAACCUUUUGAAGCAGGAGUCGUCAUCGUCGGCAGUUUACAUCAACAUAAUGUUCCGUUUGUAUUGUGAUGACGACAAAGCAUCACCUGGAGACAAAAAGACAAUUUUGACAAAGUUGCACGCAUUGUGCGUGUCGAUUGUUGAAAAUUAUUUGAAGUUUGAUGAGACCAAUCAACAAAGAAAUAUCAGUACUUGGAAGCCAGUUGUGAUUGAGAUAUAUGAAGGGUACGUCGAGUUGGAUGAUGAUGAUUUCAAGAAGUAUGGUCCUGUAAUGUACAGGUUGGUUUUGGAGUUGAUGUCAAAGAAUAUGGCAAGUGAUUUAAGAGUUGCAAUACGAGUAUUUUUAGCAAGGAUCGGAGUUGAUUUUGUUAAGAUUGAAGAUUCGAAAUAG